AUCUUGAGAAGGGUCGUCCUUUUUUUUGUUUUGUUUUUUCUAUAGGGAUUCCGGAGGCGCCGGCCGGUGAGCCUGGGAGGUGCUACGGUGACCAUGGUGGAGGGGGACAAGUGCAGCAGCAACCUGCUGGCUGCAGAAACUGCCAGCUUGGAAGAACAGUUACAAGGAUGGGGAGAAGUAAUGCUCGUAGCUGAUAAAAUCCUUCGAUGGGAAAGAGCCUGGUUUCCACCUGCAGUUGUGGGUGUUGUGUCUUUGCUAUUCCUUUUGAUCUACUACUUAGAUCCAUCUGUUCUUUCUGGUGUUUCCUGUUUCGUUAUGUUUUUGUGCCUGGCUGACUACCUUGUACCCAUUCUUGCUCCUAGAAUAUUUGGCUCCAAUAAAUGGACAACUGAGCAACAGCAGAGAUUCCAUGAAAUCUGCAGCAAUCUGGUGAAGACACGGCGAAGAACUGUUGGCUGGUGGAGACGCCUCUUCACCCUGAAGGAAGAAAAACCUAAAAUGUACUUCAUGACCAUGAUUAUUUCCCUUGCUGCAGUUGCUUGGAUUGGACAGCAAGUGCACAAUCUUUUCCUCACCUACCUUAUUGUAACUUUCUUACUGCUACUUCCUGGACUAAACCAACAUGGAAUCAUUUCAAAAUACAUCGGAAUGGCCAAAAGGGAGAUAAACAAGCUCCUCAAACAAAAGGAGAAGAAAAAUGAAUGAGGCACCUCUUUCAUUCAGUAUCAUAAAUGUGACAGACAUAGUGUUCUUGGGAGCAGU